AUGGCUUUUCGAAUUCUAUCAAAAUGUCGUAUAUUCCAAUAUAUUAAAAACACCACAUUACAUACAAACUUAAGAUCAAAUGGUAUUCAUACUUCAACUGUACAUCGAGAUUUAAUGGAAUUUUUCGACGAUAAAAAAAAUUGGGCUGUUGAACAAAUAAAAGUUGGGAGAUCAUGGAAAAAGGAUGAAUUGCGCAUUAAGAGCAAUCAAGAUUUACAUAAACUUUGGUAUGUAUUACUUAAAGAACGCAAUAUGUUAUUAACCAUGGAACACGAAUGCAAAGCUCAAUUUGAAUUAUUCCCAAAUCCAGAACGUAUUGACAAGGUUGAAGAAAGUAUGAAUAAUUUAGAAACUGUUGUGCGUGAACGUAAUGAAGCUUAUUACAAAUUAGAAGUUGGAGAAUCUGCAGAAAGGCCUGGACAACUAGUUACUAAUUUAUUGGGCUUGAAUUUUUUUUAUCGUAAAUUUGAACAUUUAAUACCAAAAUUUUUGAAUAGACARUGGAGAAUUAAACAUACAUUUAAUGUUGUUAAUGGAAACAUUGAGAAAUUUCAAAGGUUGUAUAGAGAAAAAUUACAUAAUGCUAAUAGAAAAAGGAGAAAUCGGGAUCGUAAUCAUGUGAUGCAUCUGAUGAAGCGUUAUCCAAAUAUGGAYAUGGAUGCUGUCAAACAACAAUAUCCUACAGUAGACAUUGAAAAAAUAAAAAACUAUCAUAAAGUCCGAGGACAUUAUGUACCUUAAAAUGUAUAACAAAUAAUGUACUAUACAUUUUAAUAUGUUGUAUAAGUAAUAAAGUAAUCCAAUU